CAUGCACGAGACAGUCACUCUACUCUCCUUGGAAAGCCCCAUUCGCCGCCACGCUCGUCCAAUCGCUGGAUGAGUCCUCGGCUCACUAGGCUCGGGACGUGGCGCGUCUCCGUGUGAUGCUGCUUCCAUCUCUGUCUGCCUCUCAUCCGUACCGAGGAGGAGAUCCCCUCCUCGGCCGCGACUGCGAUGAGCGCUUUGACUUCAGAUAAGGCUCGGUCGAAAGAGGAUCCGCUGGCGAGUUGCGUCACAGCUCCGUGACAUCAGAGAAAGCAUGCAAGACAGGCCGACGGACGACGGGGCUCCCGCUCCACCGAGAGGCUCGUCGUUUUUUAUUGAGAAUCUGCUGAGCAAGGAGCGGGGGAGACGGGGAGCCGCACGUCACGCCAAUGGCGCCUCGGCGUCGGACUGCGCUAGCUCCGCAUCCCGCCGCUCGUACGGAGAUUUGCCGUUGCUGUGGAGCCGUAGUGGCACUGUGAUGAACGUUGGAGCUUUGGAAAAACCACGCAGCCCGGCGUCAGAUGGCCCUUACUGCGCAUCAUCGGCCAGCGACAGAGCUUCCCCUGCCGUUUCCGAACCGAUAACCGAGAGCAGUGACGAAACCGACCGAAAGACGGCCAGCGGCAGCCUCACGGACGACAACGAGGACGCGUCAAGUGAGCUGGACCCACGGCGAGAGCCCGACGCAGCGUCCGGCCAGUGCUCGGCUCGGAAAAAGAAGACCCGGACCGUGUUCAGCCGCAGCCAGGUGUUCCAGCUGGAGGCCACGUUUGACUUGAAGCGGUACCUGAGCAGCUCGGAGAGAACGGGUCUGGCCGAGUCGCUGCACCUGACGGAGACUCAGGUGAAAAUCUGGUUCCAGAACAGGAGGAACAAGUGGAAGAGGCAGCUGGCGGCAGACCUGGAGGCUGCGCACACCCCGAGCUCAACCCAGCGGAUCGUCAGGGUGCCGAUUCUGUACCAUGAGGGGCAAACUCCCGCUGGUUUUCUUGGGUUCAGCUUAAACGGACUUACAGUUUCUCCCUCCUGGUCCGUCAACCAUCCCCUGUCGCCGUUUGCUCAAUCUGUGAACAUGCUGAGCUCGCAGAUGACGGGUUCGGUGUAGAGACUCAACCAAAUGGAGAAAAAAA